AUGCAGUUGUGGCAUUUUGCUCUGUUGGUGUCGUCUUUCGUCGCCUCCGUUGGUGCCCAGUCGACCUUUACGCCUGCUCGGCCUCCAGCUCUCCCGUUGGCUGUCAAGUCGCCGUACCUAAGCACCUGGUUGAACGCGGGCAGUGAUGGUGGAAAUGGCGGAUAUCUGGCGGGCGAAUGGCCCGUCUUCUGGGGGAACCAAAUUACUGGAUGGUGUGGUUUGAUUCGCGUUGACGGCGCUACCUAUACCUGGAUGGGUCUGCCGGGCUCAAACACUGUAACACAGACUGCGUUCGAGUAUACGUCAACAAAGAGUAUCUUCACCAUGGACGUUGGCGGAAAGGUCGAGAUGAACAUCACUUUCAUGUCGCCAAUCACUCCCGAUGACUUUAAGCGCCAAUCUCUCAUUUUCUCCUACUUGAAUGUUGAGGUUUCGUCGUUGGAUGGCAAUGAUCAUGAUGUGCAGGUCUAUGCGGAUAUCUCUGCUGAAUGGGUCUCCGGAGACCGUGGUACCACUGCCCAGUGGGACUAUGGUACAACCGAUGGUGUUGCAUACCACAAGGUUUGGCGACAGACCCAGCUGGCCUUCUCUGAAAUUAACCAGCAAGCCGAAUGGGGAUACUGGUACUGGUCAACUGAUGCCGCCAAUGGCAUGACCCACCAGUCUGGUCAAGAUACCGUUGUGCGUGGGCAGUUCUCGUCCAAUGGUGCUCUGACCAACGAAGCCGACACCAACUACCGCGCUAUCAACAAUGCCUGGCCCGUCUUUGGAUUCUCAUCCAACCUAGGAACUGUCAAUUCAAGCCCCGUCAGCACGCUCUUCUCACUAGGUCUGACCCAGGAUGAGGCUAUUCAAUAUGAAGGUUCAUCUGGCUAUGGCCCCGUGCCGUCCCUGUGGAAGAGCUACUUCACCACGGACGUGGAUGCAGUUACCUUCUUCCACAAGGACUUUAGCGAUUCCAGUGCUCUAGCAAGCUCAUUCGACAGCAAGGUUGCCACGGAAUCGAUUGCUGUUGCGGGUGAGGAAUACCUCACGCUUACUUCGCUUUCGGCCCGGCAGGCAUUCGGUGCAACCCAGCUGUGCGGAACAGAGAGCAAGACCUAUCUGUUCCUGAAGGAAAUCUCAUCUGACGGCAACAUGAACACUGUCGACGUUGUUUUCCCGGCGUAUCCCAUCUUCCUGUACUCAAACCCGGAAUUCUUGAAGCUUGUUCUCGACCCCCUGUUUGAGAACCAGGAGGCCGGACAUUAUCCUCAGAGCUAUGCUAUGCACGACCUGGGCUCAAACUAUCCCAACGCCACGGGCCACAAUGAUGGUAAUGAUGAGGCCAUGCCUCUGGAGGAGUGCGGAAACAUGAUCAUUAUGACCUUGGCAUAUGCCCAGAAGGCCGGUGACACUGAUUACCUGAGCACCCACUAUACUCUGCUCAAGAAGUGGGUGAGCUACCUCAUCGAUGAGGCACUGUACCCAGCCAACCAGAUCUCUACCGAUGACUUUGCUGGAUCUCUUGCCAACCAAACCAACCUGGCCCUGAAGGGAAUGAUCGGUAUCCAGGCCAUGUCCGUCAUUGCAAAAGAGACCGGCCACACGGCCGAUGCUGCCAACUAUUCUAGAAUCGCCCAUGAUUACAUCAACCAAUGGCAGACUCUCGCCAUCAACAAGAAUGUGACACCGGCCCAUACUACUCUGUCGUACGGCGAUGAGAGCAGCCACGGCCUUCUUUAUAAUCUGUUCGCCGAUGCUCAACUUGGCCUAAACCUGGUGCCCCAAUAUGUCUACAAGAUGCAGAGCGACUUUUACCCGACUGUCGCCAACAGAUAUGGUGUUCCUCUGGAUACUCGCCAUACCUACACCAAGGGUGAUUGGGAGUGCUUUGCCGCGGCUGUCGCCUCCGCUGAUACCAGGGAUUUGUUCAUCAAGGACCUGGCCACCUGGGUUAACGAGACCCCGACCAACCGGGCUCUGACUGAUCUCUACGAUACGGGAUCCGGAAAUUACCCACAAAACACCUUUGUCGCCCGUCCUGUGGUGGGUGGUUCCUUCGCACCUCUUCUCGUCGCCUCGUAA